AAAACAAAUUUCACUUCUCUUCAUCUCAUCUUUGUUGACAAGAAAGCUCAACAGUUUCCAGUGUUACAAUGGGAUCUGAAAGUGAAGAUUUUAGCCGCUGGGGACCCAAACACCUUAGCAGCGUUGACUGGCACAACGCCGACCAUCGAAGGUGCGUAUCAGCCUGCUUGGUUAAAUGUGCUUACAUACUGGAAAGUGAUCGACAAGAGAAACGUCAAGGUUCUCAAUGCCUUGCGCCACCAUGGUGGGAGGCUUUCAGCUUCAAAUUGAUUUAUCAGCUAAUCGAUGAGGAUGAUAACAGCAUCUUCGGCGCCAUUUACCAAUACAAUCCUCCGACUUAUACCUAUCAUCGUUCCAUCGAUGGAAGCCCUCAAUUUGUAUUUGCCUUUCGAGCCACUUUAAAGAAAGAAGGAUCAAUUUUUAGGGAUCUCGACUUGGAUUUCAAUGUAAUCCGAAAUGGACUUCAUGAGAGUAGUCGUUUUAAGAUGGCCAUGAAAGCUGUUCAAGCUGUGGCCCCAGUGUUUGGUUCUUCAAAUGUCUGGUUAGCCGGCCAUUCCCUAGGGGCAGCCAUUACAAUGCUUGCUGGAAAAAAUAUGGCGAAGAGAGGCAGUUUCUUGGAAGCUUUUUUGUUUAAUCCCCCAUUUGUGUCUCCUCCGAUUGAGAGAGUCGUCAAAGAUGAGAGAGUGAGGCAUGGACUUCGAUUUGCAGGAACUUUAAUCAAAGCCGGCCUUGCAUUUGCUGCUGCAAGUGAUAACCACAACAAUUCAAAGGGUAUUGAGGAUUCAUUUGCUGUAAUAUCUGGGUGGAUUCCGUGUCUAUUUGUGAAUUAACUUGAUCCCAUAUGUUCUGAAUAUAUCGGUUAUUUCGAGCAUAGGAGAAAGCUUGAAGACAUGGGAGCAGGGCGACUUGCAAGGCUAACAAGCCAGAAUUCACUGGGAA